UUAAAACCCCCAUGGUGUUUCAGUAGCUCGUGGCAGUCUCUCUGGAUCAUACUUGCCGCCUUCUUCUCUUAGGAUCUGAAGCAAACAAGAAGGCAAGAUGUCUGACAAAAAGAUGUCCUCGAGUCGGAAGCAUCAUCUAAAGAGCUUGAUGCUUUCCAUUGCUAAAGGUCUCAUAGAAGCUGAGGCAAUUGAAGCAGUGGCCACAAGGAAUGCUUAUAUGGAGGAGACUUGUCCACCUUUGAGCCUCUCAGGAUCUGUGGCAGACCUUCAGGAGCUAUGCAAGAAGCUGCACUCAAAGAUUGACAAAAUAGAUGAGGAGCGAUAUGACCUGGCAAGCAAAGUGAGCAAGAGUGACAAAGAGAUUGAUGACCUGAAAAUUAAAGUUCAAGAUCUGCAAGGCAAGUUCAAGAAGCCAGCUUUGAAGAAGGUGCGCAUGUCUGCAGACUCUAUGCUUCAGGCUCUGCUUGGCUCCAAACACAAGGUGAACAUGGAUCUGAGAGCCAACCUGAAACAAGUAAAGAAAGAGGUCAAAGAGGAGCCUGCAGAACAAGUUGGUGACUGGCGUAAGAACAUUGAGGACAAGGCCGGUAUGGAUGGCAGGAAGAAGAUGUUCGAGACCUCCUAAUUGUCUCAUAGCACAAUGCAGCUGGUUGUUUUUAACUAGAAAAGCAGGCAGUGUACUUUUCUUUGCUUUUACCACAUUAUAGACCAUCAUUCUUUUGUAUAUGACCUAAGGAUAAAAUAUUUCAAAGCAUUAAGUCACUUGUUUUGUUCCUGUCUGCUGAAUAGUAAGUACUGUACAAAUAUGUAUCAAGUCAUAAAUAAAUAUCAGAAGGAUUUUAACGA